ACCUCAGCUUUGGCCACCAGAGCCUGUCAUCCUCACUGGCCAUCAUGCUGGACUCGGGGCUGUUCUUAAUGGCCAUACUGGCCUGCCUGAGUGUCAUGGCCUUGGUGUCUGUCUGGAAGCAGAAAGUCAGGAGGAAACUCCCUCCAGGACCCACUCCUUUGCCUUACAUUGGGAAUUACCUGCAGCUGAAUAGAAAAGACGUAUACAGCUCCAUCACAGAGCUCAGUAAGCGCUAUGGUCCCGUAUUCACCAUCCACCUUGGACCUCGCCCGGUUGUGGUGCUCUAUGGAUACGAUGCAGUCAAGGAGGCUUUGGUGGACCAAGCCGAGGAAUUCAGUGGACGAGGCGAACAAGCCACCUAUAAUACACUCUUCAAAGGCUAUGGUGUGACAUUCAGUAGCGGGGAACGAGCCAAACAACUCAGGCGCUUCGCCAUCACAACACUGAGAGAUUUUGGUGUGGGCAAGCGUGGUGUGGAGGAGCGUAUUCAGGAGGAGGCGGCCUAUUUGGUCAAGAUGUUACAGGGCACUGGUGGAAAGCCCAUUGACCCUACCUACUACCUGAGCAAAUCAGUCUCCAAUGUCAUUAACUCUAUUGUCUUCGGGGACCGCUUUGACUAUGAGGACGAAGAGUUCCUGUCGCUGCUGCACAUGAUGGGGCAGAUAAACAGGUUUGCAGCUUCCCCCACAGGGCAGCUCUAUGACAUGUUCCAUUCAGUGAUGAAGUACCUGCCUGGACCACAGCAACAGAUCAUCAAGAAUACACAGGAACUGGAAGACUUCAUGAUCAGGAAAGUGAAGCAGAGCCAGAGUACCCUGGACCUCAACUCCCCACGGAACUUCAUUGACUCUUUUCUCAUCCACAUUCAAGAGGAAAAGAAGAACCCCAGUUCAGAGUUCCACAUAAAGAACCUGGUGAUGACAUCACUGAACCUCUUCUUUGCUGGUUCUGAGACAGUCAGCUCCACUCUGCGCUAUGGCUUCCUGCUGCUCAUGAAGCAUCCAGAUGUGGAGGCCAAGGUUCAUGAGGAGAUUGACCAGGUGAUUGGCAGGAACCGACAGCCCCAGUUUGAGGACCACAUUAAGAUGCCCUACACCGAGGCUGUCAUCAAUGAGAUCCUAAGAUUUGCCAACUUUGCUCCCUUGGGCAUUCCUCGAAAGACUAUCAAGAACACCACAUUCCGUGGCUUCUUCCUACCCAAGGACACGGAAGUGUUCCCUAUACUAGGUUCUCUGCUGACAGACCCAAAGUUCUUCCCUAACCCCAAAGAUUUCAACCCCCAGAACUUCCUGGACAACAGGGGACAGUUGAAGAAGAAUGCUGCUUUCGUGCCCUUUUCCAUAGGAAAGCGCUUCUGUUUGGGGGAUGGCCUGGCUAGGAUGGAGCUCUUCCUCUUCUUCACCACCAUCUUGCAGAACUUCCGUUUCAAGUUCCCAAAGAAACUUGAAGACAUCAAUGAGUCCCCCCAGCCUUUGGGAUUUACCAGGAUCAUACCAAGUUACACCAUGAGCUUCCUGCCCAUCUGACUCUAGGCUCAACCAAAGUGGAGCCUUGGUUGCUCAGAGGGAGGGAGAGUCUGGAGUAAGGCCAGAGUGAAGGCAAAGCAAAGGGAAAAGGUGAAAACUGGGGGUUAAGAAGGGACCACAUGGCUGGAAGAAAAUUUAAGCACCUACUUAAAUUGUGUUGGUAAUAAAACAGAUACCAUGCAGUGGA